AUGAAUGUUGGCGUGGCUCAUAGUGAUAGUAAUCCAACCCAUUCAUACUUCAACAGUAAAGGCAUAUGGCUGACCUAUAUACUGCUAGUAUUCUGUGUACAUCUCUUGUUACUUUCAAUUCCUUUCUUCUCAGUAGCUGUGGCAUGGACAUUAACUAAUGUCUUACAUGAUGUGUGUAUGUUUGUUAUGCUUCAUGUAACAAAGGGUACGCCAUGGGAAACUUCAGAUCAAGGCAUCUCCCGUCUGGAGACUCAGUGGGAGCAAAUUGACUAUGGAAAACAGUUUACCGCUACCAAAAAAUUCCUGACAACAGUUCCAGUAGUUUUAUUUUUUCUGGCAAGUUUCUAUUCACGCUAUGAUCAGUACCAUUUUGUCAUCAAUGCCAGCGCGCUGACACUCAACUUGAUUCCAAAGUUACCGCAGCUGCACAAAGUUCGGCUCUUUGGUAUUAAUAAAUACUGA